AUGUCACGAUUAUGUCCAACUCCAACCUCGUCAAUUGACACUGCUGGUUCUCCUUCUUCCUCGAUUGCGCUAUCCCAGGACGGUGAAUACGCCGCGCACUUUUAUGGAAAGGACCUUCUCAUUCAUCUUAAUCCUACUUCAUCAGAUUUUCAGGAAGUACAGCUUGUUAAGGUGAAGGACACGGGGUGCAAAUUUCUAAGGUUCUCCCGGAAACAGGACACAGCAGAAGCACGGCGAGUAUUCUGCGCAAGCGAUUCUCGUAUCCUGAUCUGGGAUUUAUAUCCAUUGCGGCAGCAUGCGGAGAUUGAGAACGUCGAACCAGGCGCUGUGAACGUUGACUUUGGGGCUGACGAAAACGAGAUUGUUGCUUUCCACGCAUUCAACACCAAGCUCACUGUCUUUGAGUUGGACUCUGGCCGCAGUCUUAUUAUAAAGUCCCCCAAGUUCUCGCAUCAGAAUGGUUACGGAUAUCGGCCGAAGACCGGGCAGCUCGCGAUCUUAUUGAAACCAGAGACUAGUGACCUGCUGACCGUGCAUGAGCCUCUGACCUAUGAGGUCAUCGGACGCGAAGUGCUUCCGACGGUCGACGCGCAAGGGCUGAAAUGGAGCCCUGAUGGGCACUGGAUAGCUGUAUGGGAGGCUGCAAGUGCAGGAACCAAAGUUCUCGUCUUUACUGCCGAUGUGCAGCUCUUUAGGACCUAUACAGGCUUACCGGAAUCUGAUGGAUUAUUUGAUCUAGGAGUUAGAGGCCUUGAAUGGAGUCCUGUUGUGCGAGAUGGCUUAUCGCAAGUAUUGGCUGUUGGUAAGAUAGAUGGCACGGUGGACCUACUUGGAACGAAAACGUUCUCUUGCUCGUCUACACUCUCACAUAUCUUCCCCAUCGACCAAUCCCCUCCUAGCCUAUGGCGGGAACGCUACGCCGCUGGAGGCAUGAGCUUAGAAUACGCUGAGUCGUCAAGCUCAUCUGCAUUCUCAACCGUCCCCGAACCGACGAGUGUCUCCCGUGGGGUUUCCUUGAUGGGAUUCAGCUUUGAUGGUAAACUUCUGAGCACUGUGGACCAGACGCGGCCUAACAUUGUCUGGGUAUGGGACUUGGAGAGCACUCCAGUUCUUGUUUCGGUUUUGGUUCACGAGCAUGCUGUUAGACAGGUUAUAUGGCAUCAUUCCAGCACGCAAAUGCUCAUUACUACAGCCAACAAUGCUCUUCCCGGUGUACGAUUUUGGAGCCCGCACCGACCACCAUGCAUCUUUCGAGUCCCUAUUUCAAGAAGCGACAGUGGGAGAUACGACGUGCGAUGGUUAUCCUCUGACAUGGGUCAGAAGUCUAGAUUCUGGUUUGGCUCCCAAGAGGACUACGUUUUGGGAUUUAUUGAGCUGGAUGAGCAUGGUGCAGAAUUUAAGGCUCUAAACACUCUUGGUGGAAAGGUAUUAUCAGGCAGCCAUGGCACUUACACGAACCGAUGAGAUUAUCUAUCUGCGCCACAUGUCUAAUAUUCUAUAAGCGACCGUUGCAUAACCAUCUUUAUGUUGCCGUUUUAAAGGGAUAAUUAUGUCACUGCCUUACGUUCCAGGCAUUAACUUCAUAGUUCUCGCAGCC